AUGUUUCCAGCAGUUCCAAAUUCUUCGUUAAAUUCUGAGUGUUCUCGCGGUUAUAAGUCAAAGGACCUCAAACAUACUUCAAGCAUUUCUCAUGAAAGUUCAGUUAUUAGACAAAUCCACUUCUGUAGCAGUGAUCGUGUUUUGAAAGUGCCAAGUCCAAGUGAUAGUGUAUCCGCUUAUGAGUUUCUUGAAAAGGAUACUCUAUCAAGUGGCAUCAGCACCGCAGAGCUAGUGACGCAUACAUCCUGUGGAAGGAUAGGAAUUCGGAAAUCAUCAAAUGGCAUCAUAAAACCAGCACAGAAGGUGACAACCUGGAUUCGAAGUAUUCGACUGUCUCCAGACGUAUAUAGCCAUAAUGCUAUCAUUGAACUGAAUGAAGAAAAGCAGGUCCGUGUUCGAGUCACAAAGAAUAUUGCUCCUGGUGAAGAAGUGAUCGCAUGGCUAUCGGAAGAAAUUUCGCUUUUUAUGAAUAUUCCAUUUUUGACUCCUUCAAAUAUUAUUGAUAACAAAUGCUACACAUGUCACCUAUGCAAAACCUCCUUCGAAACCCCCAAUCCACUGAAAAUCCACCUUGCGAUUGCUUGUGGCCAACAAAAUAUAGAUAUUCUCUGGGUCCGACUACAUUACGGCGUAGCUAAAGAUCAGGAUCAACCACCUCGUCAAAGUGCAUUUAAAUCCAUUUCCGAAAGCAUCGUUAACUACCAUCUCCGAUCUACAUCUUUUCCUCCAAUAGUUCCAGGCGGAUCAUUCACCCACCUUCCUCUAGCCCAACUACCACAAGCCGGCCCAACAGUCAAUACCGCGGCACAAAUUGAAACAAUAGUCAGCAAUAUGGGCUCAUCCAAACAAGGACAUUUGUGCAUUUACUGUGGAAAAAUUUACUCAAGGAAGUACGGACUGAAAAUUCAUAUCCGUACGCAUACUGGAUUUAAACCGCUAAAAUGUAAAUUUUGUCUGCGGCCAUUUGGGGAUCCCAGCAAUUUGAAUAAACACGUUCGUCUUCACAUGCAAGGAGGGAGUUCGAUUUUCAAGUGCCAUCUCUGCGAUAAGGUUAUGGUUCGCCGACGGGAUCUUCAAAGGCAUUUACAAACCAGACACAAUGGGGAAACGUUCUCAGGGAAAAAGGAUACCAGCAGCUCUUCAGAGGAUUAUUGAAACAAUUACGACUUGAUUAGGGGUGCAUGACUGUUGCAUUCUCAUGAAGAAUAAA